UGCUUGCUCCCGAUCGCGGUGAGAUAAGGACGACCGGAGGAUUUUUUUACGCGUUGGAUAUACUCGUAGGGAUCGAGACACGCGAGACACACCCUGGAAGAUGAGGCCCUGGAUGCUGCUAGCUGUGCUCUCGGUGACGGCGUACAUGUCGUUGGCGGAGAUCACCAGGAACAAGAGUCGCGGCAGGGGAUCCAUGUGGUGGGGCAUUGCGAAAGCGGACGAACCCAACAAUUUUUUGCCGGUGUCACCGACUUCCUUGAUGGAUUCCUCGGUCUACGCGACUCUGAGAAGAAAGCAGAGGAGGCUCGUUAGAGAAAAUCCUGGAGUGCUACAAGCAGUGGCCAGAGGUGCGAAUCAAGCAGUCGCCGAAUGCCAACAUCAAUUUCGCAAUCGGCGAUGGAACUGCUCGACGAAAAAUUUUCUUCGAGGGAAAAAUCUCUUCGGCAAGAUCGUCGAUAAAGGAUGCCGAGAGACCGCUUUCAUCUAUGCCAUCACGAGCGCGGCUGUGACUCACAGUAUCGCGAGAGCAUGUAGCGAGGGCAGCAUUCAGUCGUGUUCCUGUGACUAUACUCACCAAUCACGCACAUCAUCCGCCGUUCGGGAUUGGGAAUGGGGUGGUUGCUCGGAUAACAUCGGAUACGGCUUCAAGUUCUCUCGCGAAUUCGUCGAUACUGGCGAACGUGGCCGCAACCUCCGCGAGAAGAUGAAUCUACAUAACAACGAAGCCGGCAGAACGCACGUGUCUUCGGAAAUGCGUCAGGAAUGUAAAUGUCACGGUAUGUCGGGCUCGUGCACAGUGAAAACUUGCUGGAUGCGGCUGCCAAGUUUCCGCGUGGUCGGCGAUAAUCUAAAGGACCGCUUCGACGGCGCCUCCCGGGUAAUGGUCAGCAAUUCGGAUCGCGUGCGCAGUAAUGUACACGUCAACUCGGCGAGCAACUCGGUGCACCAGCAUCGGGACGGUCUUGCACGCCGGCAGCGUUACAACUUUCAGCUGAAGCCGUACAAUCCGGAGCACAAGCCGCCCGGGCCGAAAGACCUAGUUUACCUGGAGCAGUCGCCGGCCUUCUGCGAGAAAAAUCCCGCGCUCGGCAUCCUGGGCACCCACGGGCGACAGUGCAACGACACCAGCCUCGGCGUCGACGGCUGCGAUCUGAUGUGCUGCGGCAGGGGCUACAAGACUCAGGAGGUGGUGGUGAUCGAGAGGUGCAAUUGCAUAUUCCACUGGUGCUGCGAGGUCAAGUGCCAGAAGUGCAAGACGACAAAGACGGUACACACAUGUUUGUAAAACGGACUCGGUCAAUUUGAUAUAGAAGAAAUCUUGAUCAUUUUCGAGAUAAGUUUUACAGGGUUAAGUAAUCGAAGCUCGAACUCUCGCUCUGUUUUCACAAAAACUUGGAGUCAAAGUACGGUAUGUCAAAGACAAACAAAACUAUUUUUCUCUCUAGCUCGAUAGAUUCUAAUAGCCUCUCUAGCGGACGACUCUCAAGGUCUGAUCCUGCGAGAGAUCCCGCCGCGGGACUCGUCGGAUGGGUCCGAGGUCGUAAAACCCGCGCGAAUCCGCGGGGCCUCAUCAUCUCCACAGUAUUACGCUCGAAACCACAUAUAUUUAUUACGUCGCGUGGCGCGUAUUAAAGACUGAAAUGGUGAAAAGCGUUCGCGCGAUCGUAGAUUCUUAAGAUUUUUAGACGGGAAGAUUGAGAGAUGCGUAGAAGCAGUGUGUAAGUAUCGGUGGAAGUACCGGUAUAAAUACCAGUGUGACUGGUCCAUUACUAUCCAUAAGAAAGAAGGCUCUGACAUCUUAGAUGUCACGGUGGUAGAAGAAAAUAAUUUAAGGCUACUGUUAUUAUGCAUUCAGUACAACUGUCACCCACUUGUAGUGUUCAAAUUCAAUUUAUUACAUAUCUCUCACUCUCUCAUUUUCACUCUCUCAUCAUCGAUACAUCGAUUACAACUUACAUUACUAUUUAAUAUCUGCAUAAUUGUUGUCCUUCCGUGAUAGAAAAAAAUAUUUAUAACUACAAUAAAUAGAUCACCGUAAAAAGAAGCCUUUAAUUAUUUUAUCCUACUGCAUAUAUGAAGUCCAUAU